CACUUACAGAGAGCAGCCAUAGUCAAGACACGGCAACAACAACAGCACCUCCUCCUCUACUCUUCCCUGUUCCCAACAAUACACUUAACCGAGGACAGCCAGGUGUACGACAAGUCCCUGCCAUCAGGCUCCCUCGCAAAAUUUCAAUGGGAAAAUACAUUUUUUCUUCUUAUCCCUAAACAAGAAGGAGAAUGUGAUAAAAAGAGGAAAAUGCCAAGGAGGAAACAGGAGCAACCCAAGCGCCUGCCUUCACAUGUGGACACGGUAGAUGAUGGAGGGCCAGAGGGUUGCUCAGUAGAAGAGGACAGCUGGUUUGGGAAUACCUCCGACAGCCCCUCUGAAUCGUCCUACGGUGAUGUGCAAGAUGAGCUGCGGGUUUCCCCGGACAAUGUUCCCCGACUGGACAACGACACUUCAGCUGAGAGCUCCCUGGGCUGCCAGACGCCAGUUCAGCGGGCUUCCCUGGAGCUGCUGGGGCUGGACAGUGGGGUCCUCUCGACCCAGGACAUGCUGUCCUCUGAGGUGUCCUCUCUGUACGGAGACUCCAGCCAGGCCCUGGGCAAACCCCUCAGCAGCAACCUGCGGCGUCUCCUGGAGGCUGGCUCGCUGAAGCUGGAGGGAGGGGACCUGACCAGGCGUGGAACAGGCAGAGGACCAGAGUCGCCCCCGGUCAGCUUGGUACUAUCUCCGUCUUCGCAUCACGCACAGCAGCUGAGUGCCCUGGCGAGGAGGUUGGCUAAUAGCAGCAGCAACAACAGUGGCAACUCGAACUCUGCAUCACCUGCAUCUGUAGCAACUGUCAAGCAGGAGCCCUGUGACCCAUAUGGCCCCAGCAAUGGCCCUAACUCAGGCAGCAGUGGCUUCGUAUGGGUAGGCGUUGCGGAUAAAUGGCCAUCGACAAGUUGCUCGGCUCCCAGCGGCAGCAGCCUAUCACCAGACUCGGCUAUCCAGAAGUUAAAGGCAGCCGCCAACGCCGUGCUCCAAGACAAGUGUGCGGUGGCCUCCUCCACCUCGGCGUCUUCAUCCUCCUCUUCCUCCUCAUCAUCCUCGUCAGUCACCUCCUCCUCAAUGGCAGCCCUGGGCACUCGCUCUGAUGACGCGGUGCGCUUUGAACCGUUCGCUUCACCCUUCAGUCCGCAGUCAGCCAGCUCCACGCUUGCUGCCCUCUCAAAGAAAGUGUCUGAAAGAAGUCAGCAGCAGGUGGGCUCAUCUGAGCAUCAACCCUCAGCUGGCUCCUUUCUCUCUCUGGUUUCCAUGACCUCCUCAGCAGCUCUGCUAAAGGAGGUGGCCGCACGAGCAGCAGGGAACCUUCUAGCUGAUAAGAAAGAGCCAUCAUUAGUACUGGGAGCCUCCGAAGAUGUCAAGCCCCUGUUAGACAGGAACCAGAAGGUGCCCACCCCAACCCAGGCCAUGGAUCUUCUGCUGCCAACAAUCCCCAAGGGAAGGGCCAAGCCCAGCAGUCAAGCAGGUUCUCCUGAGGAGGGAGGAAAGCCCUUUCAGUGUCCAGUGUGCGGUCUGGUCAUCAAGAGAAAGAGCUACUGGAAGAGACAUAUGGUGAUCCACACAGGCUUAAAAAGUCACCAGUGUCCCCUCUGUCCCUUUCGUUGUGCUCGUAAAGACAAUCUCAAGUCCCACAUGAAGGUCCAUCAGCACCAAGACCGAGGAGAGACUUUCCAGUGUGAGCUCUGCCCCUUCACAUCCUCCCGCCACUUUAGCCUCAAGCUGCACAUGCGUUGCCAUCAGCACUUCCCCCGUCCCGACCUCAAAGUCAAGGAAGAACCCGGCACAGACACUGAGGAGGGCGAGGGCUUGCUCAUGGGGGACGGUGGAGUCGCUGGUGAUCAGGUCAUGAACACAGAUGCUUCCACGUCUCCCACUGUGAGCCAACCUGACGGUCGUUUGCUGGCCUCCCCUGCAGAACCCUCGAACCACGUCCAGAUCAAGGAGGAACCCCAGGAGAGGGAUGUCUCUGUGAUGUCUCCCUUUGCCCUGUGUAGGGAGCGACCCAGCAGCAGCAGCAGCUCUCUGGAUCUGCCUGGGUUCAAAUCCAGUCCACCAGGGCUUGGACCUACAGCCGCCUCACUCUUCAGCCCAGAUAUCACCACCAAGACGGCUACGGACCUCCUCAUGAAGCUCUCAGCAGCGAACCAGAAGGAGGCCCUAAAGGGUACAUUCUGUGUCAAGGAGGAGCCCCAGGCGGAAGAGCCCCUGAGCUCUCAGAGGGGACCAAGCUAUACCUUCUGCCAAGAAGGACCCCCAGGGUCCACCAAGUCACGAGAGGAGGGGAGCCCGAUGUUGGGCAAGAGCAGCCUACUCAGCCAGGACAUCAACGUCAAAGUGGCCUCUGAACUGCUUAUGAAGCUCUCAGAGAAUAACAAAGAAGCUUGCCACCAGAACGUCAUAGUGAAGGCGGAGCCUAUGGAAGUGGACCCGCCCCUAGAAUUGGCCCCUCCCUCCUCUCAUCUACUGGGCUUCAGCACUUCAAGGGGAUGUGAGAAGAAGGAACCAAUGGUUAACCUCCCAGAUCAUUUGCCCCGCCCCCAAAAUGACCUCUUCUCCCAGGACAUAUCAGUCAAAAUGGCCUCUGAGCUGCUUUUCAAACUGUCUGAAAAAGUAAGUAAAGCUAACGAAAACAAAGACAAUGCAUCAUUCGGCAUACACAGCCCUUUCCUAGACGACCGCUUUAGACAAUCACCUUUCAGCACGCGCUCCAAGAGCUCUUCCCCAGCUGAAGCCGGAUCUUCAAGCAGGGUUGCCCAGCAAGAAGAAAGGAAGUAUAAGUGUCAUUUAUGUCCGUACGCGGCUAAGUGCCGAGCCAACCUCAACCAGCACCUCACCAUCCACUCGGUCAAACUGGUGAACACAGACGCCGAGCAGAUUGUUACCGCUGUUACCAACGAAGGCCCAGAGCUCAAAAACUGCCCCUACUACUACAGCUGCCACGUCUGCGGCUUUCAGACAGAGUUUAACGCUCAGUUUGUCAGUCAUAUGUCUCUUCAUGUAGACAAAGAGCAGUGGAUGUUCUCGCUCUGCUGUAGCACCUGUGAGUAUGUGGGUGUGGACGAGACCGAGAUGAAAGCUCACAUCAGUGCAGGGCACGCAGGUCUCAAUUCCAGAAGCCCUCUCAGUGAGACCAAGAGCACUUCCUCCUCUCUCUCAGCCCUCAGUGACUCCCUCAACAGCUCUGAAGGUGGAGAUGUUGCCCAAGGUAAUGAAGAACUAAAAAGCCUUUUAGCCCCGCCUUCUUCUGCGGGCAGUCAAUCAAGCUCAGGCCCAGGAACAGAGGAAAAAGCAGAGAAAGGUUUUGAAUGCGUCUUCUGUAACUUUGUGUGUAAAACUCGACCUAUGUACGAGCGGCACCUACAGAUCCACCUGAUCACGCGCAUGUUCGAGUGCGACGUCUGCCACAAGUUCAUGAAGACUCCCGAGCAGCUCCUGGAGCACAAGAAGUGCCACACCGUCCCCGCUGGAGGGCUCAAGUGCCCUCUCUGCAUCUACUCCACCAACAGGCCAGCCGCCAUGGAAGGCCACCUGAAGACGCACUACAAGAUGGAGUAUCGCUGCCGCAUCUGCCAAGCCGUGUGGUCCAAUCAGGCAGAGCUGGAAAGGCACACGCGCGCUCACCGCCUGGGCAACCACUACAAGUGCGAGCAAUGUGGCUACCUCUCCAAAACAGCCAACAAGCUCAUCGAGCAUGUGCGUGUGCACACCGGCGAGCGGCCUUUCCACUGCGAUCGCUGCAGCUACAGCUGCAAACGCAAGGACAAUCUCAACCUCCACAAGCGGCUCAAGCACGCACCGAGACAGACCUUCGGUUGCGCCCAGUGCCCGUUCACCACCACUCACCCGUUCGUCUACAGCCGCCAUGUUAAAAAGCACCAAGGCGGGGAGGGGAGCGCCGAGGAAGGUGAGGCUCGGCCAGGUACGCCACACCCGGGCCUUUUGGAGCGAGGUGGGAGCAGCAGCGGGAGCGGGGACAGCGGGAGCACCAGUCCGCUCAUGAACCUGUCCGCCUCUCAAGCCUUGCAGUCCGUCGCCCUGUCGAUCACCAGCAAGCGGCAAGACGGCACCCCAACCACGCGCUACCUCUCGGCUAACGGCACGUUCUCCACACUGGCGGCUCGCUACUUGGAUCAGUACAGGAACUGUGACCUGGCUCACCUCCUCCCCCUCACCACGCUCUUUACGGCCCGCCGCUUCACAUUCCACAGCCCCUCGCCCUCAAACUCCUUUCUGCCCUUUUCGGCAUUCUGGUCCAACUCGUCCUCGCAGUCGCCGCCCUCUCCCACGUCAUUCAAACACUCCUUCCUGGCAUACCUGGGAUUGACAGAGAGAGCUAAGACCAUUUGACCAUCCUCGUCCCUUCUUCUUCUCCUCCACCCGCCGUUUCCCUGUAUCAUCGAAGCCAACUCGCAACUAAAAUGCUGCCCUAAAAAGUAGUAAUGAUAGUAAAACUUCCAUUUAUCAGAGGAAAAGCUAUUCACGCUCAAGGCAUUUCGAUUUCUGUUCUAUCGCAAUCCAAUCGUUGCUCUUUUUUAAGAGGUCUUGCAACAGUUGUUUUCCUCUACAAAUUGUGAAUGACCCGGAAUCCAAUGACAGUGCUUUAUCUAUUACGAGUUUUGUAUUCGUUUUGAUGGGCAAAAGGAAACAAAGAACAUAUUAGCUCGCAAGCGCUAAGCUUUUUUUGUGCAUUUUGUCAGGAAUCCGAAAGCAUGUUCGCUAUGUGUUGCAAUGUUUUUUUUAAGUCAUUUAGGGGCUCAGUAUCUUGGGGUAUACAGUAUAUGGCACGACAAAAACCAAUGAAACGGAUUGCUAUCUUUCGAGUCUUGUUUCCAAAGCAAAGCCUCAGACCACGCACUUGUUAAUUUAUCAAGCUGUACAUAGUUUUGUAGUCUUUCUUUUCUCUUCUUCCCCCACGCCUGUUGGCGGUGACUGGUUUUGCUGAAUAGCGAGACCAUCUGCAAAAUGUAAUCUUGCCUCAGCAACAAGCAUAAGGCCCUUUACGACACCUGCGAGGCGCAGCUGAUGGCAUUUCUUAAUACAAGCCAUUCAGGGCACGCUAAUGGCAAAAGCAAUCAUUACCACUAUCGCAGUGGUCGUCAACCCAUGAUGCAGCCCUUUGAUGUCUUCACCAUACUUUUGGUCGCUACAGAUUGUGCCAUAGCUGACCGAGGUGGGCUGGCCGUAUCCGGUAGGCAUGAGAUAAAAAUGACCAGUCAAGCGCCCUGUGCAUAGCUAACGCAUAUAAUGCUCACCUGUACGUUUAACAAGAUGUAUGAGGUGACAGGUUUUUGGGAAAGACCCAAUUAUUCUGUCACAAAGGCCGAUUCAAUGGUGCUUUUUGGAGCUUUUUUGUAAUUUUGUGUGUAAAAAAAAAAAAAAAACCCUGUUCAAAAAUGACUUGAAUGAAUGUACUUUCUGUUGGUUAAUGUUAAAGUGAUACAGAGGUAGCUGGACUGUGGUAAGUGAGAUCAUGGAAAAACAAUGGUAUCUCGGUGGCCUUCUGUGUCUUAAAUUUUUGUUCUUCUAGUUGUUUUUUUAUUAUUAUUAUUAUUAUUAUUAUUAUUACUUUUAAAUUUGAA